CCCCGAGACGCAGCCCGGCGCCCGGCCCGGCCCGGCCCUCUGCACAGCCCCACUUCAGGCCACGCCGUUUCCUUGACCUUCCCCCGGCAGGGUCUGAAGCGUCACCGUCCGUCUAGAGCAGAAUCACGCAGGCCCCUGCCCUGCCGGUGAGGUCGGCGCCGCGCUCCGGAGAGUCGGUUCCUCCCGAUUCAGACCCAUAUGGCUUCAGAUGGAACCAUCAUUUGUGUUCCGUCAUGACCGGCUUGCAAGGUAGCAAAGGGAAACAAACGUCUCGUUUUCAGCCUGUCCCCGCCACCUUGAAAUAAAACCGGCAAAAAUAAAAAGAGCAUUCUGGGAAGUACUUCAUCAUUUCAACGCUCACGAAUUCAAAACAUAAACAAAGGGUUCCGAGUGCCCCGGCCAGGGGCGCGGGGCGCACGGCUGGCCCGGGGCAGGUAAGCGCAGGUGCGCGCCCGCCCCCACCCCCGGGUCCCCCCGGCUCCCUCCCCAUCCGCUCCCCGCUCCCCUUCCCCUUUCCCUUCCCCGCCCGCUCCCAGCCGCCGCCGCCGCCCCGCGCACGGCCUGGAGCGGAGGCUGCGCAGGGCGCGGGGCGGCGCGGGCCGGGCGCGGGCCGGGCGGACGGCCGCGUCUUUCUUCUCCUGGCGGUGAUGUCAUUGGGCGACGGCGGCCGAGGCCGGGGGGCGGCGGCGGGCGCCCGCAGGUUCCCGAGCCGCUCCUGAGAAGGCGCCUGACAGCGGGCCGGGGCGCACGGAGAAGCGGGCCGGGCUGGACCUGCUGGGCCGCGCCGAGCCAAUCGCCGGCGCCGGCCGCUCGAUGGGCGAGGAGGCGGCGGCGGCGGGGGCGGUGGGGGCCGCGGGCCGGGCCGCCGCUCCGAGGUGAAGGCGCGCGCCCCUCCCCGCCUGCCUCCCGGGCCGCAGCGAUGAAUUCCGCCGAGCAGACCGUUACGUGGCUCAUCACUCUGGGGGUGCUGGAGUCGCCCAAAAAAACCAUCUCGGACCCGGAGGGCUUUCUGCAGGCGUCGCUGAAGGAUGGGGUGGUCCUCUGCAGGCUGCUGGAGCGCCUGCUCCCCGGGACCAUCGAGAAAGUCUACCCCGAGCCCCGGAGCGAGAGCGAGUGCCUGAGCAACAUCCGCGAGUUCCUGCGCGGCUGCGGGGCUUCCCUGCGGCUGGAGCUCCUGUUUCCUCCUUCCCAGCCUCCUCAGCAUCUGGUAACCACCAUUCUCUUGUCUGCUUCUACGUUUGAUGCAAAUGAUUUGUAUCAGGGGCAGAAUUUUAACAAGGUCCUCAGUUCCUUAGUGACUCUAAAUAAAGUAACAGCAGACAUCGGGCUGGGGAGUGACUCCGUGUGUGCCCGGCCCUCGUCUCACCGCAUAAAGUCUUUUGACUCCCUUGGAUCACAGUCUUUGCACACUCGGACUUCAAAACUGUUCCAGGGCCAGUAUCGGAGUUUGGACAUGACCGAUAAUAGCAACAAUCAACUGGUAGUAAGAGCAAAGUUUAACUUCCAGCAGACCAAUGAGGACGAGCUUUCCUUCUCAAAAGGAGACGUCAUCCAUGUCACCCGUGUGGAAGAGGGAGGCUGGUGGGAGGGCACACUCAACGGCCGGACCGGCUGGUUCCCCAGCAACUACGUGCGCGAGGUCAAGGCCAGCGAGAAGCCUGUGUCUCCCAAAUCAGGAACACUGAAGAGCCCUCCCAAAGGAUUUGAUACGACUGCCAUAAACAAAAGCUAUUACAAUGUGGUGCUACAGAAUAUUUUAGAAACAGAAAAUGAAUAUUCUAAAGAACUUCAGACUGUGCUUUCAACCUACCUACGGCCAUUGCAGACCAGUGAGAAGUUAAGUUCAGCAAACAUUUCAUAUUUAAUGGGAAAUCUAGAAGAAAUAUGUUCUUUCCAGCAAAUGCUCGUACAGUCUUUAGAAGAAUGCACCAAGUUGCCCGAAGCUCAGCAGAGAGUCGGAGGCUGCUUUUUAAACCUGAUGCCACAGAUGAAAACCCUGUACCUCACGUAUUGUGCCAAUCACCCUUCUGCAGUGAAUGUCCUCACGGAACACAGUGAGGAGUUGGGGGAGUUCAUGGAGACCAAAGGUGCCAGCAGCCCUGGGAUUCUCGUGCUGACCACGGGCCUGAGCAAACCCUUCAUGCGCCUGGAUAAAUACCCUACGCUGCUCAAAGAGCUGGAGAGACACAUGGAGGAUUAUCAUACAGAUAGACAAGAUAUUCAAAAAUCCAUGGCUGCCUUCAAAAACCUUUCAGCCCAAUGUCAAGAAGUCCGGAAAAGGAAAGAGCUUGAGCUGCAGAUCCUGACGGAAGCCAUCCGGAACUGGGAGGGCGAUGACAUUAAAACUCUGGGCAACGUCACUUACAUGUCCCAGGUCCUGAUUCAGUGUGCCGGAAGUGAGGAAAAGAAUGAAAGAUAUCUUCUACUCUUCCCAAAUGUUUUGCUAAUGUUGUCUGCCAGUCCUAGGAUGAGUGGCUUUAUCUAUCAGGGAAAGCUUCCAACGACAGGAAUGACAAUCACAAAGCUUGAGGACAGUGAAAAUCAUAGAAAUGCAUUUGAAAUAUCAGGGAGCAUGAUUGAGCGGAUAUUAGUGUCGUGCAACAACCAGCAGGAUCUGCAGGAAUGGGUGGAGCACCUACAGAAGCAAACGAAGGUCACGUCUGUGGGAAACCCCACCAUAAAGCCUCAUUCAGUGCCAUCUCAUACCCUCCCCUCCCACGCGGUCACUCCGUCCAGCAAGCACGCAGACAGCAAGCCCGCGCCGCUGACGCCCGCCUACCACACGCUGCCCCACCCCUCCCACCAUGGCACCCCGCACACCACCAUCAACUGGGGACCCCUGGAGCCUCCGAAAACACCCAAGCCCUGGAGCCUGAGCUGCCUGCGGCCCGCGCCUCCCCUCCGGCCCUCAGCUGCUCUCUGCUACAAGGAGGAUCUUAGUAAGAGCCCCAAGACCAUGAAAAAGCUGCUGCCCAAGCGCAAACCUGAACGGAAGCCUUCAGAUGAGGAGUUCGCGUCCCGGAAAAGCACGGCUGCUUUGGAAGAAGAUGCUCAGAUUCUGAAAGUCAUUGAAGCUUACUGCACCAGCGCCAAAACAAGGCAAACACUCAAUUCAACAUGGCAAGGCACUGACCUGAUGCAUAAUCACGUCUUGGCUGAUGAUGACCAACCAAGCCUAGACUCCCUGGGGCGUCGCAGUAGCCUUUCUCGUUUGGAGCCUUCAGACCUCUCGGAAGACUCUGACUAUGACAGUAUAUGGACAGCCCAUAGUUACAGAAUGGGUUCUACAUCUCGUUCACGCAAAGAAUCUGCUCCACAAGUUUUGCUUCCAGAAGAAGAGAAAAUUAUAGUGGAAGAAACUAAAAGUAAUGGUCAGACAGUGAUAGAAGAAAAGAGUCUUGUGGAUACCGUAUAUGCAUUAAAGGAUGAAGUUCAAGAAUUAAGACAGGACAACAAAAAGAUGAAGAAAUCUCUAGAGGAAGAACAGAGAGCCCGCAAAGACCUGGAGAAGCUGGUGAGGAAAGUCCUGAAGAACAUGAAUGAUCCUGCCUGGGAUGAGACCAAUCUAUAAGGGACGUCCUCAGUUCUUUCUGUUGAAGACCAGUUCUGAGGUGAAGCUGGGCACCCCUGACCCAAGUCGGGGUGCACUCAGGACCACAGGGCAGGGCUGGGUGGGGCGCCACCUUGCUCUCUGUAUAUAGAAAAGCUGGAGCUUAUUCUGCGAAUGGAGACGAUCAAACCAUGACUGAUGAAUCCAGACAGGAGGGAUUGACUCUGAGGACCUGAGCUACAUCAAUCCACUCUGUGAACAUCUCAGUUACCUCAUUCUGCAAUAAGUUCAGUGACUAAAAGUCUUGUUUUUCCAGACUUUGAAUUGAAUAUAUAAAUAUUAUAUAUACAUGUUUCUUGUAAAUAUCCCAUUUUGAAUGCGUACCUGUGGUGGUUCUGUCCGGGCUAAUCCCCAUGCUAGAAUGUCCUUUCCAGCUACGUGAAUAAGAAGUCCCAUGCCCGCACCCACCGGAAGCAGAAGCCUGGUGGAUGCCUGGUUCAUUCCGCAGCACCAGGGCCUCCACCGUGCUGUGGCAGCACCCCCCAUGUCGGUAUUUCUAAAUAACCUUAUUUAUACCUGCAGAGAUACACUUCAGUCCCAUUCAGAAGUCUUCUCUUAAAGCAGCAUUACAGUCCCAGACCUGCGGGGUUCUGAGGGCAGCUUGCUGGCUGACAGACUCAGUCUUGACCUCGAGGAAGGCCCAUACGGCACCGCCGCAUCCACCUAGAGGUGUUUGCUCUUGUCCGCUGUCUGAGUACUGUGAUUCUCAGAUGAGUUUGCUGCGUUUUGGGAGGACACAGACGGUUCUGUAUAGGCUAGUUCAGUAACAACAAAAUACACUGUUUUGUCUUCCCUUAAAGAGAGAUCUUACUAGAACCUGUAAAUAGAAUGUAUUAUUUAUUAUAAGUCACUGCAGCUGAUGAAAACAGAUGGAGGCCAUGCUGCAGGCUGAUACUGAUGGGUGGAGUUUUGUCGUCAGGCCAGCCUCAUCCCGAGGCCUCCUCCAUCAUUGGCCGUAGCCAGCAGGCUUCAGUGCUCACCGAAAGUAAAAUCCCCUCCUUCAGCAAGAAUAAAGCAAUAUACACCUUAGGUUCCACUAAGUAACGUAGGCAUAAGCAGGGAACGUUUCCCCCACUGUGUUCCAGUGCAGAGGAGACAAAGGAAGCCUGUCCUCACCGCGGCUCGCUGGGCCCAGGCUGGCUCUGGAAAGGCUGUGCGGUCCUGGGCAGGAAGCCCGGCCCGUGGGGCAGGUUUUCGUUCUGCUUCAGCAAUAAAUAAGGGUGACCACAGGGACUUUGCUUUUGGUUUCCCUUCCUGUGAAAAGGUUGGUUUUAAAGUGAGAUACACUUUUCCAUAGAACAAGUGUUCUAUCUUUAAAAACCCAAAUUGCAGCACCGUGGAUUACUGGUCUCAGAACAACUCAUUUCGCAUCAGAUUUGACUCUUUGAUUUUCUAUUGGCCAAAUUGCCCUUUAACUGCAACUGAAUCCUUUGUGUACUGAUGCCUUUGAGCUGAGCACCUUGGGAGAGUGUUCUGUUGCUGUUUACGGUUCUUCCUUGCCCUUGCUAAUUGCAGUCUCUGGUGCCCAGCAAGCCCCUUUGGCUUCCUUCCAUGACUGGUCACGUUGUCUGCCUGGGCUCAGCGUGGACCUGCCCCAUGCUGCAGAACCUGGCCUCACCUGGACUUUUCACUAGAAUUGCCAGCUUCCUCAACUUAGCAGAUCAUUCACUCAUGCGGGCACAAGCAAAGAUCAACACUUUCUUUUUUGGUAAGCUUGAGUUUUACAAGUUAUUUUUUGGUGAUGCGUAAGACAUUGCAGUGGGAAACCAUUCAUCUUGAGUUUAUUGGAGUUUGCUGUUGUAGCAGGUUUUAACUCAGGAACAACUCUUGUCUGAUCUCUCCGCCCCUCUGCCGGGAGGCGACAUUAACUGUCCUCUCGGAGCCGGUAGCAUUGCUGUCCGAGUCCCCAGGACGGAUCUCCUGCAGACCUGCCUUAAUGCUCAGAUCGAAGUAUUUCACAAGAAUACUUGUGUUUUUAACAGCCCUUCCCCUGGACGGUGCGGCCAUGAGGGCCUCAUGUUACUGCAUUGCCUUUUCUUUCUGUGGAUCCAGUAUCUUCCUCGGCUUUUUAGGGAGCAGGAAAAAUGCGUCUGAGAGCAACUCUUUUUAAAAACCUGCCCUGUUGUAUAUAACUGUGUCUGUUUCACCGUGUGACCUCCCAAGGGGGUGGGAACUUGAUAUAAACGUUUAAAGGGGCCACGAUUUGCCCGAGGGUUACUCCUUUGCUCUCACCUUGUAUGGAUGAGGAGAUGAAGCCAUUUCUUAUCCUGUAGAUGUGAAGCACUUUCAGUUUUCAGCAAUGUUGGAAUGUAGCAUCAGAAGCUCGUUCCUUCACACUCAGUGGCGUCUGUGCUUGUCCACAUGCGCUGGGCGUCUGGGACCUUGAAUGCCUGCCCUGGUUGUGUGGACUCCUUAAUGCCAAUCAUUUCUUCACUUCUCUGGGACACCCAGGGCGCCCGUUGACAAGUGUGGAGAAACUCCUAAUUUAAAUGUCACAGACAAUGUCCUAGUGUUGACUACUACAAUGUUGAUGCUACACUGUUGUAAUUAUUAAACUGAUUAUUUUUCUUAUGUCA